UCCAAUGUUCUCUUCGGUCACUUAAUCAAAAUGAUAAAAUUGUUGCUUUCAUUUGUGCUCGCGUCAUUAUUCACAUUAACUUGUUCAUUACCUUUGGACACCAUUUCUGAAAGAGGACUCUCGAACAAAGUUGACGAAUAUGGCGAUAAAUUUGAAGGAGAUAUGGUUUUGACUCAAGAACAAAUUGAAGCUAUUUUUUCACCAGCACGAAAUGGAUUAAUUCUAGAGAAAUAUCGUUGGCCAAAUAAAACUGUUGCUUACCAAUUAAAUGCAAACCAUACAAAAGAACAACAAGAUUUCAUCGAAAUAGCAUUAAAAAAGCUUGAAUCGGUUUCGUGUCUGAAGUUCGUCAGACGAACAAAUGAGGAAAAAUUCGUUAAUUUAACUGCCUACGAUGAAGGAUGUUACUCAUCAGUUGGAUAUCAAAACAAAACACAACGCUUGAAUUUACAAAAGUAUAAACCGGGCACAGGUUGCUUCCGUUUGGGUACAAUAAUGCAUGAAUUUUUACAUGCACUUGGCUUCUAUCACAUGCAAAGCGCUCAUGAUCGAGACGAAUACGUCACGAUUCAUUGGGGAAAUAUUCGAUCGGGUUAUGAGCAUAAUUUUGCCAAAUUCAAUAAUACCGAAGUAACAAAUUUCAACACAACCUAUGAUUAUGGUAGUGUGAUGCAUUAUAGUGCAUAUGGAUUUAGCAAAAACGGCAAUGCAACGAUUGUACCUGUGGAUGAGUCAUUUUUGGGCAAGAUUGGACAACGCGAGAAAUUAAGCGAAAAGGACAUUUUCAAAUUAAAUACAAUGUAUGAAUGUGAUGCGCCAGAACCCGAGCCCGAAGCAGGAAUAAAUUCAGCAGAUGAAUCAGUCGUACCUCAUUUCCUUAUCAGUUGAUUUAUUAAAAUGUAUAAAAAAUUACUAUUGUCUAGUUCGCACGGCUAAAAAAAAAAAAUAAAGCAAUAGAAGAACGAA